AGACUUGGUCCUUGGUCCCACACACUUCCUCAAGAGUUCCAAAUGGACGCAGCAGGGCUUUAACCCCUCAAAGCCUCGCCCCUCGCCGCCGAGCACAAGCCCAGCCGCCGCCGGCCCCUUCCCCUCCGCGGUCUCCUCCGUCCGCUGCUCCUCUUUCGCUCUGGCGAGCUGCGAGCGGGAGAUCCAUCACCAUCUGGACGACGACUGGUUCCUUCUCGUGUUGGGUUCGUCGUCUUCGGCGUGCAAGAGAUCGAUUGCAUCGUAGCAGUUCCGUGUACCUAAUCGAGGUGCGGGCGGAGUUGAUUUCCAAAAUUUUGGGGGUUCAGCUGAGCCCCCAUGACCCAGGUGAAGUCCGCACCUGGGGGAAGGAUGCUGACCGUGCUGCGGGUGCACCUCCCGUCGGAGAUCCCGAUCGUCGGCUGCGAGAUCACGCCGUACGUGCUCCUGCGCCGCCCCGACGGCGGCAUCUUCACCGACGACGUGUCUGAGGCCUCUCCUGUGGAUGGCUACUUCAUGCGCUACAAGUGGUACCGCAUACAAAGUGAUCGAAGAGCCGCUAUCUGCAGUGUACACCCAACAGAAGAAGCAACGCUUCAGUGCAUAGGGUGUCUGAAGUCAAAAAUACCUGUUGCGAAGAGCUACCAUUGUUCUGCUAAGUGCUUCUGUGAUGCCUGGCAACACCACAGGGUUCUGCACGAACGUGCUAUUAGUGCUUUAAACGAAAAUGGAACAGAAGAAGAGGAGUUAUUUGGCAGAUUUGGCAGUGGCAGUUCGAGUUCAGGGAUUAUCAGUACUGCUUUGUCUGGUUCAACUCCAAAUCUUUCGCAGAACUCAGGUUUUAAUAAUGGACCUACACCUGUGUAUCCAACAGGCACUGAAAAGAGUUCUGGUGAAACAUGGUUCGAAGUGGGACGCUCUCGGACAUAUACAGCAACCGCUGAUGAUAUUGGGCAUGUACUAAGAUUUGAAUGUGUAGUUGUGGAUUUGGAAACAAGGGGGACAGUCAGAGUUCCUACUUCCGUCAUGACAUCCCGUGUCAUCCCAGCACCAACCCCCACUCCACGUCGCUUGAUCCCUGUGAAUACAGCUGAUGCUAUGGGGCACUUUGAUUUAGAUGGCCGAACUUCUUCGUUUGGGACAUUCACUGUGCUAUCCUACAAUAUUCUCGCUGAUACAUACGCGACAAGUGAUACGUACAGCUAUUGUCCAACUUGGGCACUUACAUGGGCUUACAGAAGACAAAAUUUACUGCGUGAAAUUAUUGGUUACCAUGCUGACAUUAUCUGCCUUCAGGAGGUACAAAAUAAUCACUUUGAGGAAUUUUUUGCACCAGAGCUUGAUAAACAUGGAUAUCAAGCACUUUAUAAAAGGAGGACAACAGAGGUGUACGCAGGAACUCCUCAAGCAAUUGAUGGUUGUGCCACUUUUUUCCGGAGGGACAGAUUUUCGCAUGUCAAAAAAUAUGAGGUCGAGUUUAACAAGGCUGCACAGUCUUUAACUGAUGCUAUUAUUCCUGCCGCCCAAAAGAAGUUGGCUUUAACUCGUUUGGUUAAGGAUAAUAUUGCGUUAAUUGCAGUUUUAGAAGCUAAAUUUGGUAACCAUGGGACUGAAAAUCCUAGUAAAAGACAGCUUCUUUGUGUGGCGAAUACACAUAUAAAUAUCCAUCAUGACCUGAAAGAUGUGAAGCUGUGGCAGAUACACACCCUCCUAAAAGGAUUGGAAAAAAUAGCCGUAAGUGCGGAUAUUCCUAUGUUGGUCUGCGGAGAUUUUAAUUCAAUCCCCGGAAGUACGUCACAUGGGCUUCUUGCUAUGGGCAAAGUUGAUCAAUUGCAUCCAGAUCUGGCAGUAGAUCCUCUCGGAAUUUUGCGUCCACUAAGCAAACUGACACACCAGCUUCCUCUGGUCAGUGCAUACUCAUCUUUUGCGAGGAUGGCUAGUGUUGGUUAUGAUUUGGAUCACCAGCGAAGGAGGAUGGACCCCACGACAAAUGAGCCAUUGUUCACAAAUUGCACAAGGGAUUUCACUGGUACCAUCGAUUACAUAUUUUACACAGCGGAUUCAUUGACAGUGGAGUCGUUACUGGAACUAUUGGACGAGGAUAGCUUGAGAAAAGACACGGCUCUUCCUUCUCCUGAAUGGUCAUCGGAUCAUAUCGCACUCCUAGCAGAAUUCCGGUGCACGCCUAGAGUUAGACGAUAAUUUUAGGAGGAGCUGUAGGAGAGGGAUUCUCAACAAUGUGAAGAGAACGUGCCCUCGUAGAAGUCAAGAAUGAGAAAGCCUAAGGGAAAGAGGCUUGUGAUUUUCCUCACCCUUUUACAUGCUGCCCUGAUGUUUUGUAGUGGCUCUAGUUGGAAUGUGACUUCCUAUAUCUUUGCAAAGAGAAAUAAUUCAAUAGAUCUGGAUGACAUUUUUAGUUUUCCAGCCUCACAUUCUCACCCCUCACCUUCAGUGUGAGUCCAUUGUCCACAUUUUUUUUUACCAUGGAAUCUAGUUCUUACAAACUGGAAAUGAUCCCUUCCUAUGUCUCAUUUUAUUGUGACAUGUAAAUUCUGUUGUCUGGGGGGCUCAACUUUUGUUUUGUAGGAGUAGAUGUUUGUAGAUGCUUAAUUGAAAAGUGCUGUUGGGUUAUCAUGGAGGACAUGGAACAGCACCUGUUGAGGCUGUUGCAAGAAUUUUGAGCUACACAUUUGGGAGGCAAUAUUGAAUGAAAACUGUGAAAUUUGAUCUGU